CGUACUUCCGUGUUGCCCCGUGUCAUAAGCCAAGUGCACCUAGAAUCCCAGCCAUACCCACAGGGCGGUGCUAGCCGAAGGACCCGGAUCUGUUGACGGAAAUACUCUGAACGGCAUCGCAGAAGAAGCCAUGGUGCGGGUGAAGUCGAGAUAUUUGCUGUGCGAGGUUAAUGUUUCGGAGAGCAGGGACCUGUUGCUUCUGGAUGACCGUGCUGUUGCAGGGGCAGUGAGAUCAGCGGUGGCCCGCAUGCACGGUGACUACGGGGCGGCACUCUGUAGUAUACGAUUAUCUGUGAAAUACCUAAAUGUUCACAAUGGAAUGGUGUUUCUACGUUUCCCUAAAAGCUGUUACCAACUCCUCUGGUCUGCAUUACCUUUCAUCACCAAUAUUGAAAGUCGAGGGCAACAAAUCCCAUGUUUUCUGAACUGUUUGCAUGUAGGAGGAACAAUUAGAACAUGUCAGAAAUUUUUAAUCCGCUACAACACCCAGCAGCUCCAACGAAUUCUCCCUAAAUGUAAAAAUGCAGCAGAAAAAGAUCAAGUUUGUCAAGAAAUUCUUAAUUGCCUUCCAACACGUGGAAGCAAACCAACAUACGAGGGUGGAUCUGAGUUUGAAGAUGAAAGAGAGUGAUCAAAGUGGAUACCUGGUGGAUAGUGCCCCCUCUUCACCAAUUGGCUUACACACUCCUAUUUUGAAAAACAGCAGAAAUGUUGAAUUAGCAGAUAAUAAUUUGGAUUUAAUGUUUUGUUGCAUGUGGUAUUAUUCAUAUUUUAGGGUCAAACCAAAAGGCUCGCAUUUCUAUAUACUUUGUUUCAAAAUAGUUUUUGUUUGGGCAACGGAAUAAUGUAAAUAUUCCUUUGUUUUGUUUUUAACAAAGUUGUACUUACGGAAGGGUAUUGCAGUACUUGUAAUAAGGACAAAUAAAAGUUUGAUAACAUUU